CCACCACCCUUUGAUGAGCCGUGGCCCGCCGCCUCUCGACCUGGAACCUCUUUGGGAUCAUCUCUUAGCACGUGCUGAGAAAGAGGAACAACAUGUCGGACAACGAUGCGGUCGCAGGACCAGAGGACCUCACAAGCGCGAGCGAAGCACAAGAGCCGGCCUUGAGCUUCGUUGACAACUCCUAUCUGAGCUACAUGAUACCCCGCAAGACGGACUUGGAUCUCGACUCAGUCGUGGAGGAAGCACAUAAGCUGGGCAAACCUAUACUUGAGUCUAUGAAGGCGCGGGAUGCUCUCUACUUUGAUGAGACGGUGACCGUUCUGCUCAUUCUCAAGUGCCCCAUUCUGGGCGAAGAAGAACUUGCUGCGCAAGUCCACAGGCUCGUGGUCUCUCUAGACGUACAGAUCGUCAAUACCAGCGCCCCGGGGCGGGAGUCACCACCUGCCGCAGAGUCCAUCUUUACCGGCCACGUUGCGGACGUAGAUGACGCCUUUAUCGCUGCCGAGGAGCAUGGCGUCUCCGAUGACGGCGCACCGGAGAAGCAUGCGUACGCAAUGUGGAAAAUGCCCGUCUUCCUCGCCCGCCCACGGAUGCGCCCUCAUCGACCGUCCGUUGUCUUCUCGGCAUCAGCGAGUAUCAAGCCCGAAGUCGCGGGCGAGCUCAGUGCGCGUGGCACGGGCUAUCUGCAGAGCGGCCUCCCGAUGAGUUUCAACCUCCUGGAAUCCUUCGCUGGUGAUCCCGCGCUCAAGGGCGUGACGCCCCGGCUGUCGGCUCUGCGCGUGUCUCGCGUGGCGCCCGUGACGAGGCAGCAGGACCUCAUGACCCAUGUGCGCUCGCUGCCGCAGCUCAAGCUCAGCAUAUCCCCCGUCAUACACACGAGGAUACGCUUCUCACGCCCCAGUACGGUGCCGUUGAGCUCCGCCGUGGUGGCACUGUUGGAGGUCGACUUCACGCCCAACUUUGACUGUGAGGCACUCCUGGACGAGAUCAAGCUGGAAACGCCUGACGGCACCGUCGUGAGCCUGAGCGACAGCACCGCAAUGAAGCUGCCCCUGAGCUGCGUAGCUCACGACCACAUCACCUUCCUCUACCAUAUAAAGCCGCAUCAUAUCGAAUCCGCCCCCAAGCCCGUCACCGGCGCCCUCGACAUCUCAAUAUCCGCCUCUGUGCUAGUUGAGCCAGGGCUUUGCGUUCCUCGCCUGUCCAUGGCCUGGAGCACCACCCUCGACUUCACUGUCCCCGUCAACCCCAACUUUGGCCCGGCCGCUGAGACGGGCAUUCAGCGUUCCCAUCGUCCAGCGCAGCUCUCCAUUGGCAGUGGAACAGUCAUGACACCCCUGAAGUCUCCCUCUGUCACCCAACCCGAUGCCCUCCCUGCCCUCGAAGCGUCCACCACACGCACCGAGGCGUCUCUUCCUGAUCUUGGCAUAACCAUGUCAUUCACAGGACCCAGCGAACCCGUGCGCGCUGGCGACAUAUUUUCCUGGGCCGUCUACGUUGUCAACAGAACCGCCGAAAAGACAUCCCGACCACCGCGUAAGCUCGCCCUGGUCGCGAUUCCGAAACGGCGGCGCAAUGAUUCGAGGCCUGUUCGACCGCCUUCUACCGCAUCCAGACGCCAAGGAGAGAAGGAGGUUGCCGAUGCGGUGCUGGACGAAAACGUCUUGCAUGCUAUGCAAAAGAGCUCGGUGGUCGACACCAUCGAUCUUGUGUGUCUUAGUAGUGAUACUCGGGUAGGUCCCUUGGCUCCUGGGGCGUGCCAUGUCGUUGAGCUGCAGUUUCUCGCACUCAGAGAGGGUGUUGUAGCCGUUGACGCUAUACGGGUCGUGGACCUAGGCUCUCAGGAGCACGUUGAUAUCAGAGACUUGCCCACCAUGUUGGUCGAACCAGCAGCAGCCUGAACCUGAAUCUUCAAAUAUGUAGCCAAGAGUCCUGUGGGUCGUGGGCAACCCAGUGAAACAGGGCUAUGCUUAUAUAUGAGCUACUCGUAUACCCAUGC